ACCCAAGCAAAUCGUCAUCUCUAACAUCCUGGGAAAGGAGGGAUCACAUCCCUGCUCCAUAUAUCCUGUGCAGUGGAUUACAUUGUGCUGUGGAUCUGUCAUUUCAUAUAGCCAUACGCCUUGAACUUCCUUAUGGAUCAUCUUUUUGAGGUUUUUCGAUCAUGAAUUCGGCCGAGCAGACCAUCACAUGGUUAAUAACACUGGGUGUCCUGGAAUCGCCCAAAAAGACAUUAUCAGAUCCGGAGGGGUUUCUACAGUCCUCUUUAAGAGAUGGAGUGAUUUUGUGUAAACUACUGGAGCGACUGCGACCCGGUUCGGCACAUACGGUUUAUCAGGACCCGAGGAAGGACAGCGAGUGUUUGAGUAAUAUCAAAGAAUUUGUCAAAGGGUGUGCACUAUAUCAAAUAGAGGUAUUUGAGCCCAGCGACCUGCUGCAGGGACAGAGCUUUACCAAUGUCUUGAAUUGUUUAGUGGCACUAAACAAAGCAACUUCAGAUUGCAGUGGUGGUGGCAUCAAUCCUGUGCGUUUACGUCACACGUCUUCUCUACGGAUCAAGUCCUUCGACUCGCAGAACGUUUCGUCCAAUCACAGCAGAUCCUCCAGACUCCACUACAACCAGUACCGCAGUCUGGACAUGUCUGAAAACACUGGCUCUCAUGUGCUUGUAAAAGCUCGCUUCAACUUCCAGCAGACCAAUGAGGAUGAGUUAUCCUUUAAUAAGGGUGACAUCAUCCAGGUGUCACGGCAGGAGGACGGUGGCUGGUGGGAGGGGUCUCUCAAUGGCAAAACUGGCUGGUUUCCUAGCAACUAUGUCAAAGAGAUCAAAGGCUCUGACAAACCGGUGUCUCCUAAGUCUGGAUCACUGAAGAGUUCUCCCAAGGGGUUUGAGACCACCAGCUUCUGCAAAACAUACUAUAAUGUGGUAGUACAGAAUAUCGUCCAGACGGAGACGGAGUACUGUAAGGAGCUCCAGACUCUCCUGACGACGUAUCUGAGAGCAUUACAGCCCACAGACAGGCUCAGCAUGUCGGAAAUUAGUCACAUCAUUGGCAAUCUAGAGGAGAUCAGCUCUUUCCAGCAAACACUGGUGCAUUCACUGGAGGAGUGCGUCAAAGUUCCAGAGAGCCAGCAGAGAAUAGGAGGCUUUUUCCUGUCUCUUAUUCCUCAGAUGAGGAGCCUGUACAUGGCCUACUGUUCAAACCAUCCGUCUGCUGUUAAUGUCCUCACGCAACACAGUGAAGAAUUAGGGGAGUUUAUGGAAAAUAAAGGUGCCGGCAGUCCAGGAAUUCUCACACUUACAACAGGCUUAAGCAAACCCUUCCUAAGACUGGAGAAAUACCCCACGCUGCUCAAAGAGAUGGAGCGACACAUGGAGGAACUUCACCCGGAUUAUCCAGACAUUCAGAAGAGCAUGACAGUUUUUAAAGACCUCUCGUCUCAGUGUCAGGAAGUGAGGAAGAGGAAGGAACUCGAACUUCAGAUUCUGACAGAAAGCAUCCGUGGCUGGGAGGGAGAGAACAUCAGGACCCUGGGUUCUGUUCUUUACAUGUCUCAGGUCUUCAUCCAGAACCACGGCGCUGAGGAGAAGAAUGAGCGUUACCUGCUGCUUUUUCCUCACAUUCUCCUGAUGUUGUCCGCCAGCCCUCGAAUGAGUGGUUUCAUCUACCAGGGGAAGCUUCCUCUAGCAGGGAUGACUGUAAAUAAGACUGAGGACAGUGAGACCACCAAACAUGCUUUUGAAAUAUCUGGACCUUUGAUUGACCGCAUCCAGGUGAUUUGUAAUAACCAGCAAGAUCUUCAAGAGUGGAUGGACCAUCUACACCACCUAACCAAACGCACCUCAGCCAGAAACAGCAAUAUCAAAUCGCAAACCGUGCCGUGCCAUACACUGCCGUCCCACCCUCUCACCCCGUCCAGACACUCGGAGAAUCGAGGUGUAAGCGGAUCUCCGGUUUACCACACUCUUCCUCACCUACCUUCAUAUGGGUCCCCUCACAGUGUUAUGACGUGGGGGCCCUUAGAACCCCCCAAAACACAAAAGCCCUGGAGUCUGAGCUGUCUCAGACCUGCACCACCACUAAAACCCUCGGCUGCUUUGUGCUACAAGGAGGAUCUCAGUAGAAGUCCUAAAACCAUGAAGAAACUUCUGCCCAAACGGAAGUCUGAGAGGAAGCCGUCUGAUGAGGAAUUUACUCUGAGAAAAAGCACUGCAGCUCUGGAGGAGGACGCUCAGAUCCUCAAAGUGAUUGAGGCUUACUGCACGAGUGCUAAAACACGACAGACGCUAAACUCAACAUGGCAGGGCACUGAUUUGAUGCAUAAUCAUGUACUGGCUGAUGUUGACCGAUCGUGUGUGGAUGCUGUGGGUUUCCGUGGCAGUGGAUUUCCCUCUGACCAAUCAGAAGACUCGGACUAUGACAGUAUAUGGAUAACUUACACUAACAGAAUGGGUUCUAUAUCCCGAUCAAGGAAAGAGUCAGGGCCACAUAUGCUCUUUCCGGAAGAGGAAAAAAUCAUUGUGGAGGAGACAAAGAGCAACGGGCAAACCGUAAUUGAAGAAAGGAGUCUGGUGGAUACAGUUUAUGCUUUAAGGGAUGAGGUACAAGAACUUAAGCAGGACAACAAGAGAAUGAAGCGAAGUCUUGACGAAGAGCAGAAGGCACGAAAAGAGCUGGAGAAGAUUGUCAGGAAGGUAUUAAAGAGUAUGAACGACACAUCAUGGGAUGAAACUAAUUUGUGAGGCAGUCAUGUGAUGUUAAGCCCAUUGGUGCAUUCCUGUCUAAGUGGAGACUUUUUAUAUGAAAACCACAUGUGAAAAUUGUGUCUUACCCAAGUGUAGAAUCAAUCUUAACUCUUGACCAAAAAAAACAUACUUAGCUUUCCUUCAAUCACAGUAUUAAGUCUUUUGUAAUCCCUAAUCAUUUCAAGCCGCAUUCGUUCGCCAGUGCCAAGGAUAUUGUUGGACCUAUUCUCAAAUGUGCAGAUACAUUGUAAAAAGUAAACGUUGGAUUAACGUUGGAUAACUUAAAGAAAUUACUUCAAUUGGUAACACUUCAAUUAAGUUUUGUCAACUUUUAGUUUUCACUUAAAGUGAAAAAAUUAAAGGUGAAAAAACUUUUAAAAAUUACUUAAAUUGGUAACGCCUAAUUUUUUUAUUAAUUUUUCAACUUAAAGAUCACAAAACCUUAAUUUUUUAAGUGUUUCCAAUGGAAGUAAUUUGUUUAAGAAGGUCCAACUUUAACUAGGUGUACUAAAGAAAUGUAUUGAAUCUGGAAACGUAUUUCUCG